AUGAAAAAAUGGGUGCCUCCAGAUUACAAGAUUCACAGGCACUGCUUCACCAGCAGCUACCGGGUCAUGGAGCCCCUACUGGAGCACUUUCCCAACAUGUCCCAGCAUGUCCGUGGGCCCGGGAGAGCCGGCAGGCUGAGAGAGAGCCCGCAGGAAAGGAUCGUCCUGGAGAGCGACACCCCCUAUUUCUUGCCACGACAGGUUCCCAGGAGCGCCUGCCAGUGCGCCCGCCCCGGCCUGGCCUUGCACGUGGUUCGAGAGAUCACCAGGGUCAAGCUCCUGUCACUCAGCCACACCCUGGCCGCCCUCCGCGAGAGCACCCGCCACCUCUUACAGCCUCUAAGCCCACACGUGCCAUCAGGAGUCUCCCAGAAAAGGAGGCCCGGGUUCAAUCCUUGGUCGAGGAUCUACGGUCCCACAUGCUGCAGAGCAACUAAGCCCACGUGCCGCAACCCCUGA